AUGCUAAGAAAUAGAUCAAGGGCGGUGACCAACAACCAAGCUCUUACGAGCGACUACCACAGCUCUCUAGUUUCUUCUCCCACCACCCCAACUCAAAACACCACUUCCAUCGCUUCAUCUUUCUUGAGGUCCCCGAGGAUUUUCGAUGGCAUCUUGGCUAGUAGAAGUCUCUCUGACGCUGACAACGCAAAGAGCCCUACUCCAAUUCUUGACGCCAAGCCAUUCUCCAACUUUGUCAAACCUUUCGGGUACGAUAGAAACUCUUCGGUCAAAUCCCAUAGUUCUUCUUUAGAUAAUACCACUGGUACUAAUAAACACACCUACGAGAAGGUAGGUGGGGUUGGACUUGCACUGGUUGACUCUUUGGAUGAUGAGAAAUACGAUGCCAAUUUUUCGAAGCCCAAUAGUAAGAUGGUUCUGUUUGGAGCGAAGCUAAAGGUUGGAAUACCUCCACUUCCUUCCUCGGCAUUUUCUUCAGCUGCCACUCCAAAAUCUCCAGCUGACUUUGGGAUCAAGACCAGGAAUUCAAUAUGCUUGAGUUCUUUAUCUGGGCUCGGCGGCUCUCCAAGUUGUUGCAUCAGAGGAAAAGAUUCUCCAGUGGAAUUAGCUGAGGGGCUUUCUCUGAGUGAAAUGGAACUUUCUGAAGACUAUACUUGUGUGAUCACUCAUGGGCCUAGUCCCAAAACGACCCAUAUAUUCCACGACUGCGUUCUGGAGAAUUGCUGCGGAGUGGUCAAGUUGUCCGACUUGGAAAAGGAUGGGGGUCUUUUAACUGAUGAUCCCACCUCUGUGUGCCGUUCAAUUUUCUGA